GGCAGCAGUAGGCGAGGGCGCGGCUGCGGGGUUCCUGGUGCUGAGGACGGACGCCAUUGGAGCCCCAGGGAAGCAUGGCUGAGGGAAGCUACCACAAAGAAUCUGAAGGGUACAACGUUGAAGACAUGGACGAGGGUAGUGAUGAAGUCGGGGAGGAAGACAUGGUUGAAGGCAACGACUAUGAAGAAUUUGGUGCUUUUGGAGGCUACGGAGCCCUCACCAGCUUUGACAUCCGUAUCCUCAGAGCCUUUGGGAGCUUGGGUCCAGGCUUUCGCAUCUUAGCGAAUGAGCCCUGGGAACUUGAAAACCCUAUGCUGGCCAGGACUCUGCUGGAGGCAUUUCGGAUGGAUCCAGAAACACUUGCCAACGAGCCGGCUGCCCGUGCUGCCAACGUAGCCCGGGCCGCCUCCUCUAACCAAGCUGCUCGGGCCGCUGCUGCUGCUGCCCGUGCCACCUACCAUCAGGUGGUCGCUAACCACUCAGUGGCCACAGACCAGGGCUCAGGAGGCGAUACCCAGCCCAUGACAUCCGCUGCCGAGGCUCAGGCAGCCACCCUUGAGACAAGCCUUGCUUCUCCGCACAGCUCCCAGAUGCUAGUCAAGAGCGAGAUGGCCACCCCCGGGGCUCCAGCAAGGUCCACGCAGCCCCAGACAUCCUCCCGGGCCCAGGAGGCUGCUGCCGAGGGCCCUAGUACGGCCUGUGCUUUCUCCCAGGCCCCACGUGCCAGUGAGAUGGAUGCCACCCGGCCCAAAACAGCCUUCCUGGGUCAGAACGAUGUCUUUGAUUUCACCCAGCCGGCAGGUGUCAGUGGCAUGGCCUUCCCACGCCCCAAGAGACCUGCCCCGGCCCAAGAGGCUGCCACAGAGGGCCCCAGUGCUGCCUCCGGGGGGCCCCAGGCAGCCUCUGCCGGGGAGGGGGCAGCCACCCGGCCAAAGACGACCAAGUCUGGGAAGGCUCUCGCCAAGACUCGGUGGGUGGAGCCUCAGAAUGUUGUGGCAGCAGCUGCUGCCAAGGCCAAGAUGGCCACGAGCAUCCCUGAGCCUGAGGGUGCAGCUGCCACCUCUCAGCAGAGUGCGGAGCCCUGGGCCAGGAUGGGAGGCAAGAGGACAAAGAAGUCCAAGCACCUGGAUGACGAAUAUGAGAGCAGCGAGGAGGAGAGAGAGCCUCCUGCGGUCCCACCGACCUGGAGGGCAUCGCAGCCCCCACUGACAACUGUGCGGCCUCAGAUGGCCCCUCGGCCCCCCAUGGCCCUGAGGUCCCAGGUACCCUCAAGGCACGUACUGUGCUUGCCACCCCGCAAUGUGACCCUUCUGCAAGAGAGGGCAAAUAAGUUGGUGAAAUAUCUGAUGAUUAAAGACUACAAGAAGAUCCCCAUCAAGCGCUCAGACAUGCUGAAGGAUGUCAUCCGAGAAUACGAUGAACAUUUCCCUGAGAUCAUUGAACGAGCAACGUACACUCUGGAAAAGAAGUUUGGGAUCCACCUGAAGGAAAUCGACAAGGAAGAACACCUCUACAUUCUUGUCUGCACACGGGAUUCGUCAGCCCGCCUCCUGGGAAAGACCAAGGACACUCCCAGACUGAGUCUCCUCUUGGUGAUUCUGGGCGUCAUCUUCAUGAACGGCAACCGUGCCAGCGAGGGUGAGUGGCUGGACCUGCAGCUGGGGGGUUGCCCGCCGUCUCACCUCCGUGUGCUAAACUCUUGUACCUCAUCUCCCCUCGCAGCUGUCCUCUGGGAGGCACUACGCAAGAUGGGACUGCGCCCCGGGGUGAGGCACCCAUUCCUGGGCGAUCUGAGGAAACUCAUUACAGAGGACUUUGUGAAGCAGAAGUACCUGGAAUACAAGAAGAUCCCCAAUAGCAGCCCCCCCGAGUAUGAGUUCCUCUGGGGCCUGCGCGCCCGCCACGAGACCAGCAAGAUGAGGGUGCUGAGAUUCAUCGCCCAGUAUCAGAACCGAGACCCCCGGGAAUGGAGGGCUCAUUUCUUGGAGGCUGUGGAUGAUGCUUUCAAGACGAUGGAUGUGGAUAUGGCUGAGGAACAUGCCAGGGCCCAGAUGAGGGCCCAGAUGAACAUCGGGGAGGAAGCUCUGAUUGGACGGUGGAGCUGGGACGACAUACAGGUCGAGCUCCUGACCUGGGAUGAGGAUGGAGAUUUUGGCGACGCCUGGUCCAGGAUCCCCUUCGCUUUCUGGGCCAGAUACCAUCAGUACAUUCUGAAUAGCAACCGUGCCAACAGGAGAGGCACCUGGAGGGCUGGCGUCAGCAGUGGCACCAAUGGUGCGGCCAGCACCAGCAUGCUCGAUGGCCCCAGCACCAGCUCCACCAUCCGGACCAGAAACGCCGCCAGAACCAGUGCCAGCUUCUUCUCCUGGAUUCAGUAAGAUUGGAGGCAGCGCUGAGGAGCUGCAGCAGCCCCCUGCCGAGCCAGAGUGCCUCCUCUGCCCCCCGCCCCCCGACAGAGCACUCUAGGCAGCUACUCCCCGUCCAUGGAAGAUGGCAUGCCAGAUGAUGCGCUCUCUGCCCUUCCUGCUUUCCUGUGUGCUUUUUGUCGUGCUGUCGUGUUUUGGGUAUCAGUAUUGCAUUAAAGUUGCAAAAUCA